GCUGCUUGUGCCCGAGUCAGUAGCGGUAGAUCCCUGGUCUGCAGCGCAAAAGGCGCGGUUUUGCUUUUAAUAACGGUAGGCAGUUUUUGUAGCGGCUCUGGUCUCUCAUCCCGUGGCUUUUGAGAGGCACCGGGAGCCCGCUUCCUGGGCCCGCUGCAGGACACAUUGCCGCGGUCUCUGCGGUUCGGUGUCUCCUCGCGCCCCUUUUCCAAGGGGGAAAAAACAAAUACCAUCUCCGAGUCGGGGAAGAGUUUCCCACUUUAUCUGUAGAACGCGUCAGACACAACCAGACCCUUCCCUGGGCAGCUUCCCGAGGGGGCGCUGGGCCGGCGCUUCUGCCUGACCUCAUCGACUGCGGGCGGAAGUCCUUGAGGCCGGCUUCCGGGGGAAGUGCCGCCCUCGCCAAGAUGGCGGCACCCAGCUGCCCGUGAGCGGCGGGCAGGUGACUGCCGCCCGAGGCUGUGGCGGGCACCGGCUCCCCAUGGCGCUGAGCAGCCGCAGCCGCCUGCUGCUGGCGGCCGGCGGGCUCCAGGCGCGCAGAGCGGGUCUUCGUUUUGCAUCAACUACAGCCACUCUCAAAACUGAGACCGAAGCGGACACAAGCGAAAAUGAGGUUGUUGCCCCAGACUUCACUAACAGGAAUCCUCGGAACUUGGAACAGUUGGCCCUGGCUAGGAAGGAGCGUGGCUGGAAGACAACAUGGCCAAAGCGUGAAUUCUGGCAUAGAUUACGGCUUGAGCGGACACAGCAUUACGUAGAAGCCUUUGUUGAGCGCUGUAACGGGGAUGUUGUGGUAUCUGCCUCUACCCGAGAGUGGGCCAUAAAGAGACAUCUCUACAGUCCCAAGGGAGUAACAGCAUGCAGAAACCUUGGCCGUGUAAUGGCACAGCGCUGUUUGGAAGCAGGAAUCAACUUUGUGAACUUUAAAGCUGUUAUCCCCUGGGAAUAUCGUUGUGACUCGAUUCAGGAAUUUGAAAAAGCUAUGCAGGAGGGUGGUGUCAUUCUGCGUGAGCCACGAAGAAUCUAUCAGUAAAAUGGAGACCGUUGGGAAAACUUUCCAAGGCACGACGAUCGCUUUUUUAGGUGUGUGUGCCAGCACAGUGAAGGUCCAGAGCUGGAAAAAGGUGGAACGUGGCAUCUUACAAUAAAAUAUUUUUAA